AUGUCUAUAAUCAUCACUGGAGCAGGCGGCUACGUGGGCCAGGAACUGGCUGCCGCAUUGCUUGCGAGUGAACCUGAUACCACAGUGAUCCUCACAGACGUCGUCGCACCUCCUGUCCCCCCUUCCGCGGCACAACAUGCAUCGCGAGUCAAGAGCGUACAAGCAGACCUCACCGUGCCAAGCGUGGUCGACGAGCUAUUCAACGAGUCACACCGCUAUGAUACUGUCUACCUUCUCCACGGGAUCAUGUCAAGCGGCGCAGAGGCCAACUUCGAGAUCGGGAUGCGGGUCAAUCUCGACGCAACCCGGUACAUCCUCGACAGACUACGCACUACCAUGUUCGGGGUGAAGGUGGUAUUCACCUCGACGCUGGCCGUCUACGGCCUUGCGCCCCCGGGCUUCGUCAUCGACGAGACAAAUUUCCCGCCUGUGCCCUCGUCCUCGUACGGGUCGGCGAAGCUCGUCAUCGAGACGCUCCUGAAUGAUUACUCAAGGCGCGGGUUCAUCGACGGCCGUGCCGUGCGAUUGCCCACGGUGACGGUGCGAGCCGGCCAGCCCACCCAGGCUGCGAGCAGCUUCGCGAGCGACAUCAUUCGGGAGCCGUUCAAUGGGAAAAAGGCAAUUCUGCCGGUGAGUAAGAGCACCGAGCUGUGGAUUUGCUCGCCGUACACUGUUGUGAAGAACCUGUUGCAUGCGAGGACUAUCCCCAAGGAGGCGUUUGGGGUUUCGAGAUCGGUGAAUCUACCAGGUCUGAAGGUCAGCGUUCAGGAGAUGUUGGAUGCGUUAGAGGAGAUUGGAGGCACGGAGCGUCGAGAUUUGGUGGAAGAGAAGUAUGAUGCGGAUGUUGAUCGGAUUGUCCAGACAUGGACUCCUAACUUCAACACCGCGCGUGCUAUCAAGUUGGGGUUCUCAGAGGAUGUUUCGAUGGUGGAGAAUAUCAGGCAAUAUGCCAGUCGGUUUCAUUGA